AUGGGGAAACUGAUCAGGAUGGGGACGCUGGAAAGGCGGUUACUCCUGCCAAAACGGCUUCAGUGGAGUCGCUUCCUCUUCCUACUGGGAAUCUUGAUCAUUGGUUCCACCUACCAGCACCUGAGGAGCCCUCUGGGCCUCCCCUCGCUGUGGGCAGCAGUCUCUUCCCAAUACCCUGUAAAACUGGCCAGCCGGGACCUUCCCAACAAUGAGAUGAUGACGGUGAGCAGUGGCCCUCCAAGGGCUAGUUCUGAAAUGGAGGGUGAGACACUGGAACCCCAAGGCACAGUGGGCAAGGAGGAAUCAACACCUGGCAUAACAAUGGAGAACACUCUCAAUACACCCGGAAGAAUAGCCAACAUCUCUCCAACAGUGCCUAAGACCAACUACAGCCCAACUGCAGCAGGCACAGAAAGAAUGAAGGAAAACACCCCAACCAGACCAAGUGGAGUACUGAAUCACUACACCCCAACUUCAAGCAUAUCAACAAUAAAGAGUUAUACCCCAGCAACACCCAGGGGAGAAAUGAAGCACUACCGCCCAACUCAAGCCAGGGGAAAGGUGAAAAAACACACCCAAUCCCCACAUGGUAGAAGAGUAAACUCUGCCCCAUCCACAUUCAUGACAAUGACAAGGAGCCAUGGGAUCACUCCCAGAACAACAGUGAAAGACACUGAAACUGUGGCAACCUACAAAAUAUUGGAGACCAGCCCCUCCAAGGGAGUAGUGGAGGAAACUACCCCAACUGCUAAGAGACUAGCUGAUAAUACUCCAACUUCCCUGAUAAAUUACAUAGAAACAAACAUCUUGACUUCUCCUAGGAGUACAGUGGAUAAGGACACCCUGACUACCCCCGGAAGAGUGGACAAUAACAGCUCAACCAAUCCUCGGAGGUUAGUGGGAAAGAACAACCUGGCGACUUCCCGGGGAAUCGUUUUAGAGCACACUGCAGCCACCUCUGAUGGGCAAGUGACAACUAGCACUAGGGUUAGGAAUCCCUCGUCCAGAACCAGUACACCAACCGCUGGAUUAUCCUUAGCCACCUUCUGGGCGCUGGCGAAGAAACCUCCCACAGCACCAAGCACCUCAGCAACCCUCAGCACCAGGGCAAAUCCGACCACCCAGGUUCGUCACUAUGUGGAGCCAGCUCCAGCCUUGCCCACUACCCCCUCCCCCAGCCUGACAAUGGCCCCGCUCUCAGAGGCACCCAGUCCCAGUCCCUCAGCGCUGCCCCCCAGCUGGCCAGACCACCCUCAGGCCGAGUACCCCCCAGACCUGUUCAGCGUGGAGGAGCGGAGGCAGGGCUGGGUAGUCCUGCACAUCUUUGGCAUGAUGUACGUGUUUGUGGCCUUGGCCAUCGUGUGUGAUGAGUACUUUGUCCCAGCCCUGGGCGUCAUCACAGACAAGCUGCAGAUCUCUGAGGAUGUGGCAGGUGCCACGUUCAUGGCUGCUGGAGGCUCUGCCCCCGAGCUCUUCACCUCCCUCAUCGGCGUCUUCAUCUCCCACAGCAACGUGGGCAUCGGCACAAUUGUGGGCUCUGCUGUGUUCAACAUCCUCUUUGUCAUCGGCACCUGUGCCCUAUUCUCCCGGGAGAUCCUCCACCUUACUUGGUGGCCCUUGUUCCGUGACGUCUCCUUCUACAUCCUUGACCUGAUGAUGCUCAUUCUCUUCUUCCUGGACAGCCUCAUUGUCUGGUGGGAGAGCCUGCUGCUGCUGCUGGCCUAUGCCUCCUAUGUGUUCACCAUGAAGUGGAACAAGAAGCUUGAGCUCUGGGUGAAGGAGCAGCUCAGCAGGAGGCCAGUGGCCAAGGUCAUGGCCCUGGGGGACUUCAGCAAGCCAGGUGAUGGGGCAGUUGCGAUGGAUGAGCUACAGGAUAACAAGAAGCUGAAGCUCCCGUCCGUGCUGACCCGAGGGAGCAGCUCAGCCUCUCUGCACAACAGCACCAUCCGCAGCACCAUGUACCGGCUCAUGCUCCACAGCCUGGACCCUCUGGGGGAAGCACGCUCCUCCAAGAACAGGGACGAGGAGAGCUUGAAUCAGGAGGCCAAAUCCAAGCCUCAGGCCAAAGCAGAGAGCCAACCAGAAGAGGAGGAGCCAACCCAGCUCCCUGCGGUCAAGGUCACAGCAGCCCCUGCUCCAGACGUCAAGGGAGAUCAGGAGGAGGAUCCUGGCGGUCAGGAAGGAGAUGUGGCUGGAGCUGAGAGCACAGGUGUAAUGGCAGGCAAAGAGGUUGAAGCUCCUGGUGAAGGUGAAAAUGGAGGUGAAACUCAGCUAGAAGGUGAAGGUGAAACUGAAGCAGAAGGGAAAGGAGACAAUGAAGGUGAAAUCCAAGCAGAAAGAAAAAGAAAUGAUGAACGUGAAGAUGAAGGUGAACUCCCAGCAGAAGAAGAUGGCAAAAUGAAAGGUGAUGGUGAAACCGAAGAGCAGGUCUUCAAUGCUGAAAAUCAAGGUGAAGCCAAAAGUGAUGAGAAAGGUACAAAUAGUGAAGGAGGAGGUGAUGGAGGUGACAGUGAAGAGGAAGAGGAGGAUGAGGAUGAGGAUGAGGAUGAGGAAGAGGAGGAUGAAGAGGAAGAAAACGAGGAGCCUUUGUCUCUGGAGUGGCCUGAGACCCGGCAGAAGCAGGCUAUUUACCUCUUCCUCCUGCCCAUUGUGUUCCCACUGUGGCUGACAGUGCCCGACGUCCGGAGGCUGGAGUCUAGAAAGUUCUUUGUUUUCACCUUCCUGGGAUCCAUCAUGUGGAUAGCCAUGUUCUCAUACCUUAUGGUGUGGUGGGCUCACCAGGUUGGUGAAACAAUAGGGAUUUCUGAAGAGAUUAUGGGUUUGACGAUCCUGGCAGCAGGCACAUCAAUUCCUGACCUCAUCACCAGUGUGAUUGUUGCUCGGAAAGGCCUGGGAGACAUGGCCGUGUCAAGCUCUGUGGGCAGUAACAUAUUUGACAUCACCGUGGGCCUGCCGGUUCCCUGGUUGCUGUUCUCUCUUACCAAUGGACUACAGCCUGUUCCAGUCAGCAGCAAUGGCUUGUUCUGUGCCAUCGUCCUGCUUUUGCUCAUGCUCCUGUUUGUGAUCUCUUCAAUUGCAUCGUGCAAAUGGAGAAUGAACAAGAUCCUGGGCUUCACAAUGUUCCUCCUUUACUUUGUAUUCCUGAUAAUCAGUGUGAUGUUAGAAGAUCGAAUCAUAUCCUGUCCUGUAUCUAUCUGA